AGGCAUGUGAUGCCUUAUAAAUGUUCCUAUGCUGUGGUUGCAAUUUUAAUAAUAUAAAACAAUCAAAACAAAUUAGUUUCCCUGCUGUACCGAAAUUGCAGUGACCUGUGAAUAUACGCAGGUAGCCAUACUCAUGUCUAGGUGUCCAUUUACUUAACUAAUAUUGAGAGGGUGCUAGAAAAGUCUUUACACACUUAUUCAUGAGAGCAUCGUGCCAGAGUUACAUAUAUCAGUCCCUCAACAAAAUCAGACCAUGUAACAAAUAUGGGCAAUGUAAUUACAGUACCUUAUGUUGAACCUGAAGUUUAAGAACUAUCGUGGAGAUAUAAAUAUUGGCAUCUCAAAGAAGAAUCACUAUUUGUAACUGAAUUGAUUUUUUCCCCUCCCCUAAUAGACAUUGAUAGGGAGGUAAAAGGAGAUAAUAGACAUUGAGGUAGUGAGACAUGAUACACAGUGACAGUGAGGCAGUGAGAGAUGACAGUGACAUUGACAGUGGGCAGUGAGAGAUGACAGUGACAUUGAGAAUGAGGCAGUGAGAGAUGACAGUGACAUUGACAGUGAGGUAGUGAAAGGUGACAGUAACAUUGACAAUGAGGUAGCAAGAGAUGACAGUGCCAUUGACAGUGAGCCAGUGAGAGAUGACAGUGACAUUGACAGUGAGGUAGUGAAAGGUGACAGUAACAUUGACAAUGAGGUAGCAAGAGAUGACAGUGACUUUGACAGUGAGGGCAGCGAGAGAUGACAGUGACAUUGACAGUGAGGCAGCGAGAGAUGACAGUAACAUUGACAGUGAGGCAGUGAGAGAUGACAGUGACAUUGACAGUGAGGCAGCGAGAGGUGACAUUGACAGUGAGGCAGUGAGAGAUGACAGUGACAUUGACAGUGAGGCAGUGAGAGAUGACAGUGACAUUGACAGUGAGGCAGCGAGAGAUGACAGUGACAUUGACAGUGAGACAGCGAGAGAUGACAGUGACAUUGACAAUGAGGCAGCGAGAGAUGACAGUGACAUUGACAGUGAGGCAGUGAGAGAUGACAGUGACAUUUACAGUGAGGCAGUGAGAGAUGACAUUGACAGUGAGCCAGUGAGAGGUGACAUUGACAGUGAGGCAGUGAGAGAUGACAGUGACAUUGACAGUGAGCCAGUGAGAGAUGACAGUGACAUUUACAGUGAGGCAGUGAGAGAUGACAGUGACACUGACAGUGAGCCAGCGAGAGAUGACAGUGACAUUGACAGUGAGGCAGCGAGAGAUGACAGUAACAUUGACAGUGAGGCAGUGAGAGAUGACAGUGACAUUUACAGUGAGGCAGUGAGAGAUGACAGUGACAUUGACAGUGAGCCAGUGAGAGAUGACAGUGACAUUGACAGUGAGCCAGUGAGAGAUGACAGUGACAUUGACAGUGAGCCAGUGAGAGAUGUGCUGCUAGGUGUUACACAAUAUCUUUCUAUGCACAGGUGCAGCUGGGCUGUCUUUGUCUGUGAAAGCUGCUUUGGGUGACGUUUGGGGGGCGGCAGGGGCAGCUGUAGCACCGUUCAUCCGCUGAGACCAGACGUCUGGGGAGCAAAUCGGGAAGCGGAACCCCUUCACCUACACCUAUCUGAAAAUGUUAAUGGAAUCAUAAGAUCAGAAUAAUAAAGGUUGAUUUUGUGCA